AUGAUGCUUGAAAGGGUUCAUGAAUGUGCUACUAGAGAUGCCUUCAAUUUUUACGACGAAGUAAAGAAUAGAUUCCAAGGUGACAAGCUGAAAGACUUUAUAAUCGCCUUCAACGAUUAUAAGAAACAAAGAGACCUUGGGAUUUUCGUAGAAAAAAUGAAGGAAAUUUUAGAAGGUCACAUAGAUCUGAUAUUAAAAUUUAACACCUUCAUGCCAAAACAAUAUCAAAUCAAGGAUGAAAAAUGUUGCCCGAAGAAACGUCCUUGUUUGGAAGAUGCUACACAAAAUUUGAGAGAGAUUAAGAAAAUGAAGGAUUCUUCAAAUACUAUGGAUCAAAUAUCUAUCGAUGCAGCCAAGAUGUAUCUCACUGAAAUCGAGGAUGAGUUCAAAGACGAUACGGGCAAGUACUACGAGUUUUUAAGGGCAAUGAGAGAUUUCAGGACAAGAAGAAUUGAUAUGGCAGGUUUGAUGUCAAGAGUGAAGGAAUUAUUUAAAGGGCACAAAAAAUUGUUAUUAAAAUUUAAUACAUUUUUGCCAGAGACGUCUUCAAAAAAUACAUUUUUGCCAGAUGAUGAUGAGGUUUCUUAUCAACCAAAGAAGCCAACAGUGGAUUUAGAAUAUGCUAAGAAAUAUUUGGUCAAUGUGAAGACUCAAUUUCAACAUGAACCUCAUAUUUACAAAUCGUUUCUAAAGAUAGUGAAUAUGUACAGAAAUGAAGAUAAGAGUGCUAAAGAGGUCAUGCAGAUGGUUAUUUCACUUUUUGAAGGUCACCCAGAUCUUGUUGAUGGGUUUAUGGUUUUUCUUGGGUAA